AUCAAAUUAAAACACUUCCCUCUUCAAUUCCUUCUUCACAACUUAGCUAUUUUUCAUUUUUUGAAAUAUUAGACACAUAUAAUGUGUCCAACAAUGAAUAUUUUGGCUGUUGAAAAAACUAAGGAAAAGGAAUAUCAAAAAGGAGUUAGGCAUUUAUGUGAAAGUGGGAUUACUAGAAUUCCAAAAAAAUAUGUAUUGCCAAUUUCAGAUAGGCCUUUAAUUGUGAAGAAACAAGAAAAAAAUGAUGAAAAUCUCAACUUGCCUAUUAUUGAUUUUGCUCAAUUGCAAGGUCCCAAUAGAUCUCAAGUUCUCAAAUCACUUGCCAAAGCUUGUGAAGAGUAUGGAUUUUUUCAGUUGGUGAAUCAUGGUAUUGAUAGUGACACAAUUCAAGACAUAAUUGAAGUAGGCAAGAAAUUCUUUGAACUUCCAUUUGAAGAAAGAGCAAAAUACAUGUCUACUGAUAUGCAAGCACCAGUAAGACUUGGCACAAGUUUUAAUCAAAACAAAGAUGGAGUAUUUUGUUGGAGGGAUUUUCUCAAACUUAGUUGCCAUUCUUUGUCAAGUGAUCUCAUUUCACUUUGGCCCUCUUCUCCAAUAGAUCUCAGGGAGGCAGCUGCAAACUACUCAAAGCAAACAAAUUUUUUGUACCAAUUGCUAAUUGGAGCAAUUCUUGAAAGCUUGGGAAUAGUGAAAGAACACAUAAAUGAUAGUCAAAAUUUGAAAGAGUUUGAGGAUGGUAGCCAACUUUUGGUGUUGAAUUGCUAUCCUUGUUGUCCAGAACCAGAUUUAACACUUGGUAUGCCACCACAUUCAGAUUAUGGCUUACUUACACUUCUACUUCAAGAUGAAGUAAAGGGUUUACAAAUACAACAUCAAGGCAAAUGGUUGACUGUUGAGCCUAUUCCUAAUUCCUUUGUUGUCAAUGUUGGGGACCAUCUUGAGAUUUUCAGCAAUGGAAGGUACAAAAGUGUACUACAUAGAGUACUUGUAAAUUCAUCAAAAUCAAGAAUCUCAGUUGCUUCACUACACAGCUUGCCUUAUAGCUCCAAGAUUCAGCCUUCUCCAAAGCUCAUCAAUGAAUCAAAUCCCAAACUUUACAAGGACACAGAUUUUGCUACUUUUCUUGAAUAUAUUUCAUCUUAUGAACAUAAAAGCAAAAGUUUCUUGGAAUCUAGAAAAUUGCCUAGUUAAUCAGAGCUCUCGGGUUGGAAUUUUGAAAAAUGCAUCGGCAUGCUUUACCCUCAAAGUAAGACUUCAUGACACGAAUCAGAACUAGUCAAAUUCCAUUGCAAUUUGCAAAUACUAGAAAUUAUUUUGUGUAUGUUAUUAGCAGUAGUGAUUGUUAUCCCAAAAUGGAAGUAUUUAUUAUUUGCAAAAGGGGCAUAGUCUUUCGAGAUGAAAAUUGAGAAUAUUUGUAUGGCAGAAAAAAUAAUUAUAAUUUUCUGUGUAUUUAAUUAACAGCUCUAUCUAAAAUUUUACUCUUUUAUUUUUGAGAUAA